AUGAGAUUUUUUACUCUAGAGUUGCUUCUAGUUUCGUGUCUGGCCAAAUCAUACAACCGGUAUCACUAUGAUUACUACUGGUACUCUGAUAGCAGCGAUUCCUACUGGCCAAUGACGAUUGGGUACUACGAGUAUCAACUUGAAUCUAUACUCUCUGAAGUCGAGGCAUUCUAUACUGACAACGACUUCAAGAACAUCUGCAAGAAAGCACCAGCGAACGAUUCUCUUGUGGAAUCACUAAAUGUUGUUCGUCAAUACAUUGAAGAUUUGGACAAACCGGUCACUCAACUCUUCACGAACUCUGAUUUCCAGGCUUUUACCAUUGUUGAUUUCAUGAUGAUAAUUGAAGGAAUUUUGACGAACUUCAAGAAAAGCUGGUGUAAUAAGGUGAUUUCCGCGGUAAAGCCAGCGCUGGAAAAUGGAAGUGAUGAGCAAGAAACAGUAUCGGAAAUCACAAAAGCUGUAACUCAAGUUUUUCUUGAGAUAUUCAACACUGAUAUUGAUCUCGGAUCGGAGUUCACCCGAUUUUUCGCUAUGGUUGAAGAAAUGAGGGGAUUCUUGUUACAGCGAGUUGAUCUUUUUGGCGAAGCUUCAGAGAUAAUGGAAGCUAUUCUCAAGUCAAUCGAUUUUUCUUCAAAUGAUUCAGAAAAUUUGAGCGAUAUUCUUGGCAAUAUUCUUGGUGCUUUUGAUUCCGAAAGGACUUGCUCUGAGAUGGACGAAGUGAUGCCGAUUAUAGAUACAGUAAAACCAUUAGCACAAGGACUUAUCUCCGACUUUCAAGAAGCUUUUUGGGAGAAACAAGGUCUUCUGAGCAUUGGAAAGAUGAUUUAUUUUGAGUACCGCUUUGCAAAGCAUUUUUUGUUCAAUGAUAACGCCUGCUCAAAGCUUAUGCAAGAUGGGAGCGGAAUAGUUGAGUACUUUACAAGAGAGUUGGAAAAGCUGUCCGGUCGGCGGAGAAGAGAGCAGGAUGGGUUGGCAAUGAUUGGGGAAAUGAUGGGCCUUCUUGGAGAUUUCGUUGAGUCUGAAAUCGCGCCAUUUGGACAGCAGCCAUUGACAUACGAUCUGUUUAAAAUGAGCCUGAUCGGAGAAACCUUGCUCCAAGCCCUUCCGAAUAUGGUGAAAACUAUCAAGUCAGAAAUUGAUCCAGUGCUUGAAAUUAUGGAAGUGGUUGAGGAAAGAAUAAGUCAAGCACAGUGGGAGAACUACUUUUAUGAUGAUUACGGGAAUGGAGUUUCAGAGAUUGGGAGCUUCUUUGACGACAUCGAGUUUCAGAACAUUUGCAAAAGAAAACCUGAAGACGAUGAUCUUGUGGGAGCAUUGAAUGUCGUGCGUGAAUACAUCGAGGAUCUGGACGAGCAGAUCACCGAAUUUCUCACGGACAAGGAUUUCCAGGCCUUCACAGUCGUUGAUGGGAUGAAAAUAACUGAAAGACUUUUGAGCAACAUGAACAAAAACUGGUGCAACAAGGUUGUCUCUGCAAUUAUCCCCGCUAUGGAAUCGCAAGGAGACGAGUUGAAAGCUGCGACGGACUUUACCGAGUCUAUUGUCGGCAUAAUUUUGAACAUUUUCCGCAAACUUGGUGUGAAUCCACAAGUGGACCGACUUGUCGCGAUGCUUGAAGAAGUCAAAGCAUUCAUGUUGGCUCAAUCCGAUCUCUGGGGAGAAGCUAAAGACACCGUGAGAACAAUUAUCCAGGCGAUCAAAUUUACUGCUUCCGCCGAUCCAUCAAAUCUAGGCGAGUAUGAUGAGCAAUGCUUAAUAAUGGACGAGGUGAUGCCGAUCUUUAAUAAAGUAAAACCACUUGCCUUGGGUCUAAUCCGCGAAUUCAACAAUGCGGUCAGCGGCAAAGAAGGACUUCUGAGCAUCGGAAAGAUGAUCUAUUUUGAAUACCGUCUAUCAAAACACUUUCUACUAAACGAAAACGCCUGCACAAAGCUGACAGAAGACGGCGCCCAGCUUUUUGAAGAUCUGAUGGGAGAAAUGAAUGGCGUUGAGGAUUUGUUAUCUCAAGUCAAUGUAGAUCAACUAUUGGAAGGAGAUCUCUCUCAAUUGAUGAACAUGGCGACUCGAAGACGAAGACAAGCGGAAAGCUCAACAAUGAUGAGUGAUGUUAUGAGUAUUCUUGGCGACUUCAUGAAAUCUGAAACACCUCCAGCGGGACAGCAACCAUUGUCGUAUGAUAUGUACAAGAUGAGUGAAGUGGGACAGGCAGUGCUCAAAUCAGUUCCGAAUAUGGUGAAAACAAUAAAGUCAAACAUGGACGAACUUUUGAUAAUGGCCGGAAUGGAUGAACAUGCGAUAAACGCGGUCAAGAAGGGAAUCAAGGAAGAAGACUUCAGAGCUCUUGCCGAUGAAAUGUCAGCUGACCUUUCUUCCGCCACCGAAAAGAUGGUCUGUGGCGACGUCAAGAACUGCGAAGACCUCGUCUCCUUCAAAUCUCAAGCACAAACUGAGAACAAAGAAGCUAGCAAACUUCCCGGCGUCUCUGGCGGGGCUGGUAAAGAAAUCAUUUCAUUCACCACUGUUUUUCUUCUUCUUUUUGCCUUUGCUUGA